UCCCGUCCAGACAACCCCUCACUCGGGCCUGCGUUGCGGGGCGGCCCCCUGUCCUCGGAAAUUCAGUCUCGGGCCGAGGUCCGCGGCCGUUGGACGAGGAGCAGUCGCGGCAGGCGGUGGGAAGGCUGCCCGGACGGAGGCGCUCGUGGGUCUCCACCAUGGCGGCGACGGUGCGCGCUGCGGCAAUUCUCCCUGUGCUGUGUGGCGCGCCGGCGGGUCAUCUAUGGUCCAGGCAGCUUUACCUAAACAGCUUUCCAGCAGCUUCCAUUUUGGCAUUGAAGACUGUUCCCAGCAAUGGCUGUGUGUCAUCUCCAGGAACCAGAGACAACCGUCAUUUUAUCAGCUUGACCCGUGCGCUACAGACACAGUGCUGUGUUUCUUCUCCCAGUAACUUGAUGGGCCAACAGUAUAGAUUCUAUAGUUUCUUCACUAAAUUGACAGCAGAUGAGCUGUGGAAAGGUGCCUUAGCAGAGUCUGGUGCCGGAACAAGAAAAGGAAGAGGCAAAAGAACUAAGAAAAAGAAAAGAAAAGAUUUGAACAGGGGUCAGAUCAUCGGUGAAGGGCGUUAUGGCUUCCUAUGGCCUGGUCUGAAUGUCCCUCUUAUGAGAAAUGGAGCUGUGCAGACCAUUGCCCAAAGAAGCAAGGAAGAGCAGGAGAAGGUAGAGGCGGAUAUGGUCCGGCAGAGAGAAGAGUGGGACUGGAAGAGGAAGAUGAAGGUUAAACGGGAGCGAGGAUGGAGCGGAAACACAUGGGGAGGCGUCAGUCUUGGCCCCCCUGACCCUGGUCCCAAUGGAGAAACAUAUGAUGAUUUCGAUACCAGAAUACUUGAGGUGAGGAAUGUUUUCAACAUGACAGCAAAAGAGGGAAGAAAGAGAUCAGUCCGUGUCCUGGUCGCUGUGGGGAAUGGCAGAGGAGCUGCAGGUUUUGCCAUUGGGAAAGCCAGUGAACGGGCAGAUGCUUUCAGAAAAGCAAAGAACAAGGCAGUUCACUAUUUGCAUUAUAUAGAACGAUAUGAAGACCAUACAAUAUACCAUGAUAUUUCUUUAAGAUUUAAAAGGACGCACAUCAAGAUGAAGAAACAAACCAGAGGUUAUGGCCUCCGCUGCCACCGGGCCAUCAUCACCAUCUGCCGGCUCAUUGGCAUCAAAGACAUGUAUGCCAAGGUCUCUGGCUCCGUCAACAUGCUUAACCUCACCCGGGGCCUCUUCCACGGGCUCUCCCGCCAGGAAACCCAUCAACAGCUGGCUGAUAAGAAGAGUCUCCAUGUUGUGGAAUUCCGGGAGGAAUGUGGCCCUCUGCCCAUCGUGGUUGCCUCCCCCAAGGGGGCCUUGAGAAAGGAUCCGGAGCCGGAAGAUGAGGUUCCAAACAUCAAACUGGACUGGGAAGAUGUGAAGGCUGCCCAGGGUAUGAAGCGCUCUGUGUGGUCAAGUUUAAAGAGAGGCGCCACCUAGGCCUCCAUCUGGCCUGGCUCAGCCUGGCAUCUCUUGCUUCUGACACCUGGGAGAGACUCAACCCCUCACACUUU